CUGGCAAGCCCACUGACUGAACACUCAAGGGACAUAUCUUGCUCUGUGAAUAACUCAUUCAAACGUUUUCGCAGCCUCUGUGAUGUCUUUUUACGCAGAUCCAUUUAAAACGUCUAGUGCAAUUGCAAUGGACUUUAAGGAGCUGGGAGGUGAGGACAACUGCGAAGGAGAUAAUGAGGGAAACGCUGAGGAUUUGAACAAUGUGAAAGCACUUACCGAAAACUAAAGUUACAAACCCGCAGACCAUCCUACUUUGAAUGGCAGGAGCGCUUGCAGAGCCGACCGUGGAAGGAGAACCCAAAUGGUUUAGAUAAUAGUCAAGAGACUGCAGAAAAAUAUGUGUUUUUGCCUGAAGUUAUGCGGGAUGAGAACUCAGAUCUAACCAUACGCAACAUCUGUGGCUUCGAUACCAUGAUGAUGCGUUGGAUUUUCUUAGAAAAGAGCUGGUGAGUGCACGUCUUUUUAAUGCCAAUAUUGACAAAAAAAAUCUCCACUCUGAAUCUGUUAUUUUUACUUGGACAUGUUAGAAAUUAAUAAGGCUACACUAUUUCAGAUAUACAAUGAAAAUAUUCAACUCGAUAUGAAUCGGACACAAUGCGACUAUUUGACAAACGUAAUUACCAGGUAAGUAGUUACACUGGUUUGGGUUGGCUGGUUUGUGCUUCCUCAUGACUCAGGUGUGCCAUAACGCAGAGCCUCUAUGCCAGCCACCAGUGUCGUGUGAUGGAGACAUCAAUGGGAAAUAAACUUGUUUUCACUGUUGAGCUCUACUUGAAUGCUUGUCUGAUUACAGCAUGACUAUGUGCUAUCUUUGCAUCCAAAAUAAUGCAAACACACUAAAACAAUAGGGACCUUGUGUUAAUUUCAGAGCUGAAAAAUCCUAAAAUAGAAAUGCAAAUACUUUUUUACACAGACAUGUGUCAGUGUCUUUACACAUCAAUGACAAAAGCCUAAUCCAAGGAAACGAGCGCUUGAAUUGAUAUUUGAUUACUAAUCUCUCCCCUCUCUCUUUCCUUUCCUCCUCAAGAGGGAGAUGCGGUUCCAGGACAACCGUCUGGCACGCCAGCUGAUCCGUCUGCGUGUGGAGAUCCACCGGCUGAAGGUGGAGCAGGUGUGGUCACCGCCACAAGGAGAUGCUGGACGACGCCACCUACGAGCUGGAGGAGUGUGGCGAGGAGUCCGACCUGCUCUGUGACAUCCCCAUGAAGGCUGCCUUUGCUCUCUCCACCACCCUCAAACACCUUGGCCUCACCAAGAUGAACAUCAACUCCCGACGCUUCUCCCUCUGUUAA